CUCUCCCCUGAGGCAGGCAGUCAUGAGCCACAGUGCCAACAUGGGGAAACUGAAGCUGGCUUAUUCUUCAGGAGUUCACCAGGUCUUAUCCUUGGGAGGUCUCAGACUGCUGGAAUCUCAGUCAGCCUUUAAGGACAGCUUGGAUCUUUGCACCUGAAGACUCAUCCUUGGAUCUGUUGUUACCUGUGCACACCAGGGAGAGACACAUGUUUGCUUGCAGAAGACAUCCGGUUAACCAUGUCAUGGUAUAAUGACUCAGUGAGUUGUAAAUUAGGAUGAAUGAGAGUGAAGUUGUUGGCCUAAGAGACAGGAUUUCGAUGAUAAAGGCCAACGGCUGCCAGGCGCCUCCAGACCCACACGACCGAUCUGAAGCGGAGACAGCACUUGAGGGGCUGUCACCACCCAUGGGGGCGAUUCGCCCCACCCCGACCCACGCCGCCCGUUUCCAAGAUGGCCGCCAAGCGCCUUUCCGAAAUGGCCUCUCCGAAGGAGGCAGACGACUCUGCCCGCUCCCAAAAUGGCCGCUCCGGCCAUAUAACGUCAUCGCCGUUGGGGCGGAGCGAGUGCGGUUACCGCCUGACGGCGAUUGGCCCCUCGCGCGGUCCGUCCGCCGCUCCGCUCUCAUGGCAACGGGUGGGGAGCGGGGGUGGCCGGGCCGAGGCAGCGCGCUGCGGGAUGGAGUCGGCUGGGGUCCCGCCGCAGAGCUCUACCCCGGCCCAGGAAGCGGAGGAGCCCCCGGGCUCCCCAGCGCUCCCCGACGAGGAGCUGCAGAGCCGACAGUCUGCUGGGCAGCCCCCAGGGGAAGAGGUGCUGCCUGCCGUGACCAGCCAGGAGCGGAGCCACCGCGGUGUAGGAUCACAGGGCCCACCUGGGCGGGCGGCGCGGGGUAAGGGGCGGCGGGCCCCGGGACGGCGCGGAGGUGAGGAUGGAGGCCGCGCUGUCCGGCGUCCCCGCGUCACGGUGGACAGCUCCAAGGCCAAGACCUCGCUGGAGGCACUGAAGAUCAGCCUGCGGCAGCUCCGCUGGAGAGAGUUUCCUUUUGGCAGACGCUUGCCGUGUGAUAUCUACUGGCACGGGGUAUCCUUCCAUGAUAAUGAUAUAUUCUCAGGUCAAGUCAACAAGUUUCCAGGCAUGACGGAGAUGGUGCGGAAGAUUACCCUGAGUCGGGCAGUGCGGACGAUGCAAGACCUCUUUCCUCUUGAGUAUGACUUCUAUCCUCGGUCCUGGAUUCUGCCAGAAGAACUUUCUCUCUUUGUGGCUGAGGUUCGUAUGAUGAAAGACAGUGAUCCAUCCUGGAAGCCCACUUUCAUUGUGAAACCUGAUGGAGGGUGCCAGGGGGAUGGAAUCUACCUCAUUAAAGACCCAAGUGACAUCAGACUGACAGGGAGCAUCCAAAGCCGGCCAGCUGUGGUCCAGGAAUAUAUUUGUAAACCACUGCUUGUUGACAAACUGAAGUUUGAUAUUCGCCUUUAUGUCUUACUGAAAUCUUUAGAACCCUUAGAGAUUUAUAUAGCCAAAGAUGGACUUUCUAGGUUUUGUACAGAGCCCUAUCAAGAACCCACUCUCAAAAAUUUGCACCAGGUUUUUAUGCACUUAACCAACUAUUCACUAAAUAUUCACAGUGGGAAUUUCAUCCAUUCUGACAAUGUGAACACUGGCAGCAAAAGGACUUUCUCAAGCAUUCUGUGCAGGCUGUCUUCCAGAGGAGCUGAUGUCAAAAAACUGUGGUCAGAUAUAAUUUCCCUGGUGAUUAAAACAAUUAUUGCACUAACACCAGAACUGAAAGUUUACUAUCAGUCUGACAUACCAGCAGGAAAGCCUGGGCCAACUUGCUUCCAGAUUUUAGGGUUUGAUAUUCUCCUGAUGAAAAACUUGAAGCCCAUGCUACUAGAAGUAAAUGCAAACCCCAGCAUGAGAAUAGAACACGAGCAAGAGCUUUCUCCUGGAGUAUUUGAAAAUGUCCCAAGCCCUGUUGAUGAAGAAGUGAAAGUGGCUGUUAUCAGGGACACUCUUCGUCUGGUGGACCCUCAGAAAAAAAAGAGGAAAGAUCCCCAGUGUCAGACUUUGCAGCAUGUGUCAGAAGCAAACGAAGAGCUGUCGGACACCUGUCCAGCCAACCGAGCAGAGAACGAUGCUGGCAGAAGCCCAGAGGCUGGUCUCCCCUCCCUGUGUCUCAAACAAGUGUUUCCCAAGUAUGCCAAGCAGUUUAACUACCUGCGACUGGUGGACAGAAUGGCUGCACUCUUCAUCCGAUUCCUUGGUGUGAAAGGGACGACGAAGUUGGGGCCAACAGGUUUCCGGACGUUUAUCAGAAACUGCAAACUGAGUAACAGCAAUUUUUCCAUGGCUUCCGUAGAUAUCUUAUACAUUGAUAUCACAAGAAGGUGGAACAGCAUGGCAAUUGACCACAAAGAAUCAGGAAUGUGUUUGCAAGCCUUUGUGGAAGCUUUCUUCUGCCUGGCUCAGAAAAAGUUCAAGUCUCUCCCACUUCACAAGCAAGUGGCAUCGCUGAUUGAUUUUUGCGAGUAUCACCUGGCAGCCCUGGAUGAGAAGCGCCUGGUUUGUGGCCGUGGGAUCAUGGAGCACCGAAGGGCAGUAGUUCCUUGUCAGGCAGAUGGACUUCCCCUCACACCAGCUGCACAUGCACCUCUCCUGAAUCGCACAGCCACAGCCAGUAAAUUAGCAGAUUACAGAAGUCAUCGCUAUUAAUGGUGCUAACUCACCAGGACAGACCUGAGCAUCCUUCCCUGGGUGUAGGUGUGCUGCGGGAGGAGAGACAGACUCUUGAAUCCCUUCCUCUGAAACUCCCAGUUAUUUAUUUCAGCUUUUUUUCAUUUGUGCUCUUCUGAAAGUCUCCUGCACGUUCCCAUUCUCUGGUAAUGAUCCUGGCAAUGGCUUUUUUUUACUCUGUGUUGGACCUGCAGUUCACCUCUUGUGACAAACUCUGCUUACAUCCCGAGUGGAUAGAAAGCCACCUAUGAAGACCAGGACCAAAAUACAGUGGGAUGAUAACCAGCAUUCUGAGAUUGGUUGUGCUGAUCAAGAAGCACUCUCAAAUCAAGGGAAUUAUGUUGUUUUAUAUGCACUGAAUGUAUCAUGGAAACCAAGUAAGGAGCUGCAGACUGUCAUACCAGCUGUGGACUCCAGAAGACUGAAACUUGGGAUUAUGUCAGGCUUUGACCAUUUUUGGGUGGCUUGGACUGUACAUGCUGGAAUCAGUAUAGAUUUGGUCAUUGUCUAUGUACUUCUUAAAGUCUUAAAACACUGAAAUCACAUUUUGGCUUCUACUUCUUUGUACAUGUCUUUGCCAUGACAAGUACUGUUAAUUUUUUAGAGAAAGACUAAAGCUGUUUAUCCUUUUGCAUCCAGAGAACCACUAAGCUCAUACUUAUUCACAGGAAAAAUUCACUUCAGGAAGUCAGAUUUGGUGGGUUUGUCUUCAGGUACUAAGCACUGCUUCUGCAAAAUGCUGUACAGUGUAAAGAAAUGAGUUAAAUUUCAGUAAAAACAAUCCUCUUGCUGACUUUGGGCUAAACUAAUUCCAUUCUGGGUUUGCUUGUUUUCUCCCUUUUGUGUUCACAUAUUGUUCUUUUUGUCCCCUCCUUAAAUAACAGUGUAACACUGUACAAGUUAGAUCUAUAUUAUUUAACAGGAUAUUUUUGUCAGGAAUGAUGAGCUGUACUGCUGGAGUUGUACAGAGUGCUCUUAUUUUUCAAGAAAUGAAGCCUGACUUCCAUAAUCACACACUUUUGGGGGGAAGGGGCUAAACACAGCAUGGCUGGAAGGACAGGAAUGACUUGGAACUUCAGGGCUGUUCAGUCAAAUUCUUUUUGCUCUCAUAUUUUAUUACAGUAAUGUAUGUGUACAGCCAAGUUGGAUUUUUCCUCCUUUGUUCUAUUAUUUAAUGUUAAUGAGUCUGCUUAUGUUCUUCUUCAUACUGUCAAACAUGUCAGUGAUGUGAGAUUUGCUGCACUUGGACUUUUUACUUUGGAUUGGAGAAAAUUCCCUGAGUUCCACAUCAGAAUGCCCCAGAGACUGGUGUAUCAGAGCUGUGACCUUGGAAGCACUGUCAGUGUGGAGAUAGUCCACCCAUGUAGUGUCCUGGACUAACUGCACACACAGCAUUGAGUGAGUUUUUGCUUCAGGAAAAGUUCAGUCAGUUUCUUGAGUUGGAUUUCCAGCAGCAUGCCUUUGCCUAAGUGGCAGCCAGCAGCACAGCAAUACAAUGCAGAACCAAGCAGAGCCUGCCAGAAACCCACCCCUGGCAUGUGUCAAUACCAGAGGUGGGCAUCCUUUCUCUUCUCUUUUUUUCUGUAAUACCAGUAAGUAGCAGUGAUGAUCUUUUUCAGUUCAAUCACUGGGCUAUUUGAAAUGUUAUGUAUUGUACAUAAGAGGACAAUUGCAGACUAAUGCCACUGCCCUCAGCCUUGUUUAAGUUUCAUAAAGAUUAUUGCAGGAUGAAGAUAAAAUGGCAGACUCCAAGGUCUGGCAUCUGUCAGAACAAA